AUGAGACCAUCCGGUACACUGAGCUUCAGCUCCAAUUUACCCUAUAGAUCCCUUUCUACCCCUUACUGGCAUUUCCUCGCCCUCUCGUUUUUGACUCACUUCAGCGGUGCCUUUCGGAGAACCUUCUUCAUCAACUUACUUCUUCGGACGCCCCGCUCUUGGCUACGAGAGGGCAAUACAUUUGAGCCCACCGCGGCAACAAGUGCUGAAGCUGUGUAA